AUGAACCAGACAUAUGACUCUAUUAAAUAUAUAUUUUCUACAGAUUUGCUCUCUGAAGAGGACCUGAAUAAGCUGACAGAAAUAACUGGAUGUGCAAGACAAGUCACUUUUCCUUCAUGCCGCACAACACCAAACCUCAACGCGUAUCGCACAGUCACAGGCGUCUGCAACAACUUAAAAAACCCGCGCCUCGGAUCCUCCAACACCCCUUUAGCCCGCUGGCUUCCUGCUGAGUAUGACGACGACAUCUCCCAACCGAAGGGCAGGGACAGAACUCGAAAAUUCAACAACUUCUUCCUCCCACUGGUGCGACAGGUGUCCAACCGCAUACUGCACACAACAAACGCAGGCGUGGUCAACGACCGAGAAUACCCUCACUUUGUGUCCGCUUUCGGUCAAUGGUCUGGACACGAUAUGGUCUCCACGGCCUUCUCCCCCAGCAUCCGCUCCUUCAGCAACGGCAUCAACUGUGACACGAGUUGUGAAAAAACUGAGCCAUGCCUGCCCAUCAUGCUUCCUCCCGGCGACCUCCGCUUGCACACCGGCCCAAAAAGCUGCAUCCCUACGUUCAGAGCGGCCCCUGUUUGCGGUUCAGGAUAUUCCGCCUACAAUUUUGGCGGGGAACCUAAAAAGAGAGAGCAGAUGAGCGCGGCGACGGCCUUCCUGGAUAUGAGCCAGGUAUACGGCUCCGAGGAACAGCUCGCCAAGUUUCUCCGAGAUCCCGACAGUGACGGCGGUUUGCUGCGCGUCAACCCCGAGUUCAGAGACAACAAACGUGAGCUGCUGCCCUUCCACCCUAGCCAGGGUAAUUUUUGCGCCACUCGCAAGAAGAUCACCAACGACACCGAAGCCAAAGAGGUGCCCUGUUUCCUCGCAGGUGACUCCCGCUUGAACGAGAACCUCGCUCUCACAUCUCUUCACAUUCUGUUCCUGCGUGAGCACAACCGCCUGGCCCGGGAGCUGAAGAAAAUAAACCCGCAGUGGGACAGCGAGACGCUCUACCAGGAGGCCCGCAAAAUCCUGGGGGCUUACUCACAGUUGUUUGUGUUCAGGGACUAUCUGCCUCGCAUUGUGGGUCCUGAUAUAAUGUAUAGACAGCUUGGCCAGUACCCAGGCUACAAUGCUCACGUGGACCCCAGCAUCGCCAACGUCUUCAGUACAGCAGCUCUCCGCUUCGGCCACUUGACCAUCCAGCCAGUCUCUUUCCGUCUGGGUGAAAACUACAGGGAGAACUCCAGUUUACCCUCCAUGCCUUUGUUCGAGGCCUUCUUCACCCCCUGGAGGGUCGUCUUCGAGGGGGGCCUUGACCCCCUGCUCCGUGGUCUGAUUGGUAGUCCUGCUAAGCUGAACACUCAGGAUCACAUGAUGGUGGACGAUCUGAGGGAGCGCUUGUUCCAGUUUGCGUUGCAACUGACUUUGGAUCUCGGUUCUCUCAACAUGCAGAGGGGGCGUGACCAUGGCUUGCCUGGCUACAACGCCUGGCGCAAGUUCUGUGGCCUGUCUCAGCGGAACCAGGCAGAGCUUGCUCGGGUCUUGAACAACGCCGGCCUGGCCCGUAGGCUGCUUCAGCUCUACGGGACCCCCGCCAACAUCGACGUCUGGAUGGGAGGCGUGGCGGAGCCGUUUGUCCGUGGCGGCCGUGUGGGGCCUCUGUUUGCCUGCCUCAUCGCAUCACAGUUCCAGAGGAUCCGCCAGGGGGACAGGCUGUGGUACGAGAACCAGGGCGUGUUCUCCCCGGCUCAGAGAGCGGCUCUGUCCACCUCCACCAUAUCCAGGAUCAUCUGCGACAACACCGGCAUCUCGACUGUCCCUACCGACGCCUUCAGCGUCAUCUCAAACCGCAACAGACGUGUCCGUUGCUCCAGCAUCCGACGCCUGAACCUGUCCGCCUGGAGGGACAGGUGCAGAGGUGAAACAACCACAGGGUCCAAAUUACUAAUCGGAAUUAAGACAUUUCUCCUAACUGUAUUUUUUCAUUCCGCUUUUAACCAGGUGUUUUUAUUUCUUCUUCUUGACUGUCUUAACCCUUCUUCAUAUGUGGUGUUUGGUCCUGCAGGUCCGGGUGAUAACUGUAGAGGUGUCGGGGAAGAAGAGGCUGUAAACGACCUAGAGGAAACCCAGGAACCCCAGGAACCUCAAGAGCCAAAGUCUCCCCAGGCACAUCAGGAACCUCAAGGGUCCCAGGUUUCCCAGGAACCUCAAGUACCCCAGUCUCCCCAGGCACAUCAGGAACCUCAAGGGUCCCAGGUUUCCCAGGAACCUCAAGUUCCCCAGUCUCCCCAGAGACAUCAGGAUCCUCAAGAGCCCCAGGUUUCCCAGGAACCUCAAGUUCCCCAGUCUCCCCAGAGACAUCAGGAUCCUCAAGAGCCCCAGGUUUCCCAGGAACCUCAAGUUCCCCAGUCUCCCCAGACACAUCAGGAACCUCAAGUUCCCCAGUCUCCCCAGGAACCUCAAGUUCCCCAGUCUCCCCAGACACAUCAGGAACCUCAAGAGCCCCAGGUUUCCCAGGAACCUCAAAUACCCCAGUCUGCCCAGGAACCUCAGGAUGUGAGGGGACUCCAGGACAACGAGAUCCAUUAGCAUCAAACAU